UUGACUUUUUACUUUCGUUUUCCAUUUCGACACCAUGGCAGAGGCUGACAAUUCCAAUACUCUGUCGGAUUGUGCUAUUUGUUUAGAAAUCAUAAAAUCGCCUCGAAGACUUCCUUGUUCUCAUAUAUUCUGUGAAGUAUGCAUUUCCGAAUAUAUCGUUUCAACUGUUGACGACCCAGAACAAAAGACAUUCAAUUGUCCAGUCUGUAGGAUGUGUAUUCAAACAAAGAAUUCAACAAAAAACAAGUCAUACUGGGUAUAUGAUUUUCCAGAAUGUUUGACAGGAUCAAACACACAAAACACAACUAGAACACAAGAUUGUCAUGCAUGUAAACGAUUUGGUAGCAACAAAGAGGCUAUUGUCUGGUGCUGCGAAUGCCUUGAAGCUCUUUGUCAGAAUUGUUCUAGUGCGCAUAGUCGGUUGAAACAAUCUUUGACGCAUAAAACCGUGGCUAUAGAAGAACAAAACUACGCAAGUUUCAGUUUGUUGCAAGAAACUGACGAUUAUUGCUCGAUUCACGAGACUAAGCGUUUGGAAGUGUAUUGUUUUGAUCAUUCAAAACCUUGCUGUGUAUCAUGUCUUAAUUUAGAUCACAGAAAAUGUGAAAACGUGCAAAACAUUGACGACAUUGAGGAUUUAGAGCCGGAAAAUAUAGAAAAUUUAGAAUCGGAACUGCUAACCUUGAGAAAUAAAUUGAAAAAAAUAGCAGAGAAAAAACGGGAAAGUAGACAGAAGUUGUUAUCCUCGUUUGAAGCAAUUCAAGAGGAAGCAGAUUCGGUUUUGACAAGUGUUAAGAAAAGAAUAGAUGAUUUACAUCAGGAAUUUAUCAAAAAUUCAAAACUAAUGCAAAGCGAUAUGCUGCAAGAAUUCGGUACUACCAUUAAACAAAUAGAUGAAGAAUCGGAAGCCAUUGACAAAUGGCUGGAACAUUUACAGUUAAUGAAAAACUUUGGUUCUAAGCAACAAACUUUCUUAGCGAUUCAGAAAAUUAAAACAAACGCUGACGAGAAUUUUAAACAUAUUGAAUCUACUUUGGAUGAGGCUCCAGAUGUUAAAUUACAAGCUGGAUUCGAAAAACUUACAGAUACACUAUGUCAGAUAGACGCUUUCGGGAGAAUAUCGAUUUCACGACGGGGAAAAGAAUCUAUUUGCUUUAGAGCAUUGAGCAAAAUCUUUAAGCUAGAAAAUAGUUUUGAAUCAAUUAAUUUGAAGAAUCUCUCUUUUAAAGAAUUGAAAUGUGGACCGAUAAAAUGUGGUGUAAGUAUUGAUGAGAACCGAUGCGCUAUACUAGUUCAUGGAAGACUUGAACUUUUCAGUAUCGUCAGCGGUAUAAAACUUGCAUAUGCUGCCAUAGAGAAUAAUCCGAAGAAAGUAUGUUUCAAAUCAUCCAUUACAACAUUUUUUAUAACAUGUAAUUCAAAAAUUGGAUAUACAUGCAACCUUCAAAAUGACGUAAUAAAAAAUGUUCAAAGUCAUACUUUUCAAAAUAAGGUUUGCGGUAUUGAUAAAAGUGAUGACGUUAUAUAUAUUGCAAUGAGCGGGGGCAUUCUUCAAUCAGAAACAUUUGAAAAUCACAGAGUGCUGAUCUCAAAUCAUAUUAUAGAUGGUUAUAGAGAUGACAUUGCUGUUCACACGAAAUCUGCUCGGUUUGCAAUCAUAAACUACCAAAGCAAGCAACUUAAUUUUAUGACUUUUCAAGAAGCAAAACCGCGAACGUUCCUGCAAAACGAUAAAAUAUGGGAACCGAGAAGUAUAACCUUUGGUUUAUCGGGGAAGUUAUUCGUCGCGGGGAAGUCUGUUGUAUAUGUCAUCUCACAAGAUGAGAAGAGAUUUCGAACCAUUCUAUCUAAGUUUGAAAAGAUUCAAGACAUUGAUUGCAUCUGGACGAAUGCGGCUAAAAACAGACUUUUUGUUGGUGGUAACGGAUAUAUAGAGAUUUAUGAGAUUGAUUGAAUAAACCAAUUGA